AUGAAGUUAGACAACGAUAUAAAUACUUAUUUUAGUAAUGAAAAUCUUAGGAAAAACGCCAUUUUGCCUUCACAAAAUUAUGUUGUAUCUUGUCAAGGAUUUCAUAAACUAACAUCUGUACUAAAUAAGUUAGCCAGACGUUAUAAAGGCGUCUCAAAUGAGCUAAUUUUGCAAAUUAAUCGCAUCACUAAUUGCAAAACUACUUCACUAUCGCAAUUCUACAAAUCAAUUUGUGUUAUGCCUUCAAAUAACUCGCUUUUGCAAUAUUUAAUUGACAUUUUUAGAGAUUCAAUAAUUAUAAAUUAUCAGCAACAAAAUUUAAACACAUUAUGGCUCACUAAAACUACCAAUAUAUCUCCUAAAAAUGAUAAUCUUGGCCAUGUAAAUAUUACACAUAAUUGCAACGAUCAUUUACUUGAAUCAGAUAAUAUAUCGGCAAGGAUUCGUAGUGGUAUUAAUUUCAAUGAUUUCAACUUCAAUGGCUCAGAUAUAUCCAACCUUGAUAAUACAAAAUCAUUUGACACAAAUACUAACAAUAGUUGCACUUAUAAAAGGAAUUUAUACAAAUCGCCAAUUGGAGUUCUCAAGAAACAGUGCAUAGAAGCAAAUUGUAUUGAAAGAAAUUGUGAUAUAUUAGCAAAUGGACACUACAAUUCACUUACAAAUCAUGCUACUGUCAACAAUCACAACGUUAAUGAUAUACUAUUACAUUCAUUGAAGAAUCCUUUAAGUGUUUUUAAAUCCAUACUAUUAAAGGAAAUAUUUAAUGGUAUAAAUGUUAGUACAUUGAAUUCGAUCAUUGCAAAUUCACAAAUCUUUAUUCCGGAAGUUAUCAUCUACUUGAGCAAUCAAUUAUGGGUUAAAUGUUUACUUUUGAAAGAUGAAACAAUACUUUCCAAGUACGGUAUAAAUGAUUUGAUAACAUCAAUUAACAAAUCUUCUGAUUUUGUUAAUCAUAUACUUAACGGCAUUAAGCAUAACAAUUUGAAAUCUAUCUAUUUUCAGAUAUGUGGUAAAGCAUUGUCAAAGGAUACUAUUUUGUCACUAAACAACAAGAGUAAUAAUGGUGUAAAGGGUAAACAACUGAAUUGGUCAAAUAUAUAUAUUCCUAGGUCCAGAAUUAUGUAUAGAUCAUCAUUCAACAAUUUCAGUCUUCCGUCGUGUAGUUUAUUAAAAUUUAGAAAAUUUCCAACGAGACUCCAAUGUAGAAUGUUACUAAACAACAUUCUAUUCAACAAUGAUCUAAUGGAUGAUAAAAAUGAUGCUGAGAUUGUGAAGAAAAUUCAAGAAUCAAUUGAUGCAAUUGUGGAAGAAGACAAUUUCAGAUAUAAUAAAAAAACUUUGAUCGGCAAUAUGGAAGAUCAUUUUUAUCAAUUAAUUAUCAAGUUGCACAAUUUUAGCUUUAAAGAAUACUUAGAUAAACAUUGUCCGAGAAAGAUUAUUCAUUUAAAUAGUUUGGUAGAAUUAAACCAGAUACCUUCACUUGAUUAUUCAAUCAAUGUUGAUAAUGUAGUUUCAUUUGUUCAGGAUAUAAUCAACAAUUUAAUAACGGAUGAUUUGCUAGGGAAUAAUCAUAAUAAACUUAUAUUCUUGAAAACAUGUAGAACAUUAGUUAGGCUGAAUAGAAAUGAGACAAUUAAUAUUGAUCGACUGAUUAGGAAUAUUAAAGCGAAAAACUGUAAAUGGAUACAAAUCGAAGCUAAUAAUUCUUAUAACCGCACAUUAGUGAUACGGAAUUAUCUAUCAAAAUUAAUAUACAUUCUACAUAAGCAUCUUACAUGUCCGUUACUAUGGUCAUGCUUUUAUAUUACAGAAUCAGGAAAUUCAAUUAACAAGUUAUAUUACUUUAGAAAAUCAGAUUGGUACAAAUUGGAAAGGAUUGCAGAUUCGCAUUUAUCCAAUUCAAAUUAUGAAAUAUCAGAUAAAUCAAUAGAAUACAAUAAGAUAAGAUGGGUUCCAAAAAGUAAAGGAAUGCGACCGAUUUGGAAUUUAUCCAAUUUACCAGCUAGCUCAGAAUUUAUUGAGUCAAUUGAUAAUCAACAAUGUAUGUGCAACAAUUCAUCCAACUCUGGUCAUAAAUGUUUCAAAUGUUAUAUAACAUCUGGAAUAAAAAAAACCAAUAAAAAAUCCAGAACGCCUGCUGUAUCAAGAAAUACGUUUUUAUAUCUUCCUAGAGUUAUCCUUUCCUAUUUAUGUCGACACAAAUCUAAAUUAAUGGGAUCAUCUGUUAUGGGUUAUACACAGGUCUAUAAGAGGUUAAAUAAUUGGUGGAAUCGUUUUUGUAGUAUUUACAAAAGGAAUUGUAUUGAUUAUAAGUUAUAUAUUGUUGUAGCUGAUCUUUCAAUGUGUUAUGAAUCCAUUUUACAUGAGAAUCUCAUAAAAGUUAUUAAUAAUUUGCCUAUUCCAAGACAUUUUCUUUUUACCAGGGGAUAUUGUCGAGCAUUUACUAGACUAUCAUUGAAAACUAAAUCAUUGGGGUGUCUUGGCACGCGUAUUGAUAUUAUUGACACUAGAAAUGUUGAAAGAUGUGACAACUGGUUGAAAAAGUUUAGGAGGCAAUCUAUCCUUAAAUGUUUAGUUGGAGGAGGCGUGUGCAUAGUUUCUAGGCUUGAUCAAUGUCAAAUAUCGGUUACUAGAAAUGAUCUAAAUGAGAUAAUUAAGACACUACUGAAGACACUAACUAUUACACUUAAACCCAAUGGUAUUGGAAAAGUAAUUAUGAGACAAACCUGUGGAAUUCCUCAGGGAUGUUGCAUUUCAAGCUUUCUAUGCUCCCUCUAUAUGGCAAGCAAAGAUAAGCUUAUAUCCAAAUUGUUUAAUAGCAAAGUAGUUACUAGAAAAAAUAAAAUAACCAUGGUGCCUAAUUUGUUACUGCGGUGGAUUGAUGAUUUUAUCUUCAUUUCAGCAAAUAAGGAUGAUGCCAUGCAGAUGUCAAAGAUACUACUUGAUGCUGAAGUGUUUGAUGCCAGAGUAAAUCUCGACAAAUUGAAUGCUAAUUUCGAACCAUACAAUAAAUCUCAACUGGAAUGGUUAGGGAUGAAAUUUUCAUUUGAUAUUGCAAAUGAAAAGGUUAAUAUUGAGAUGGAGCCUUGGAGAAAUUUAUCAAAUGUGAUAAGAGAUUCAUUUUCGUUCAGAAUAUCAGGAAAUGACUUCAUGCAGACGAUUCUAAUUGAUCGCUUAUACGGUUAUCUGUCUAAUAGAUUAUGUCAUGGAUUAUUUUCUUGCAGCAAGAUUAACUCCAAUGAAUAUAUAAUACAGAACGCAUAUGUAAUAAUGAGAAUAUGUAUGUUAAAGUUGGUAUGUGGAAUUGAUGCAAUUAUUUUUGAAUUUGGCGGAUUUAUAAACUACAACUUCAUUGUAGACACUAUAUUUAAUCUCAUAGACCAUGCAAUGACUUUGAUAUCUAGGCGCUGCAAGUUGUAUGGAUAUUAUAAAUAUAUACUAAAAGCUCAUCUACUAUCGGCAGCCACAGUAACUGUUAAUAGUGUUAUUGAUCAGUUAUCAAAUGCAAAUAUCAGUGAUAGUGGAAAGUGUGGUAAAAAAGAUUUCAAAUUUAUGCUAAAAAGGCUUCUAAAAGUGUACCGCAAGGGGAUUAAACAAAUUAGCCUGCCAAAGGUGUUAAAACGCACGGUAUUGUAUCAAGACAAUAAUAAAAUAUACAAUAUCGCGAGAAAUAUUAGUGAAAUUGAAUCUAAAUUUGAUGGAAAAUGGCCGAAUGUAACAUAA